CGUUUAGUGGUAGUUUACAUUUAAAAUGAAUGUCCUGCUUUUGUCUCCAAUAGAUCCUGUUAUUCGUUCGAGCUGUCUAACUACUACAAAUACUAGAAUUCCUAUGAAAAAUCUAGUUGGCUACAACAUCCAGAACAAACCCUUGUUCCGUGUAAUUGCUGUGAGAUUUCUUACAAUCAAAGGGAUCACAAUCUGCUCGGAUCCCUCCUCACAAUGGGCCAUAAAAGCAAUGAAGUACCUGGACGCAAAGAAGAAACAUCAGUCAGCAAUAAACUCUACAACUCGAGUAUGCUCUACUUCAGAGAAGCAGGUUUACAAUUACACACAGAAGUUAACAGAGAUAUGGAACACAACACCCGCGAAUACAGGAAACAAGACAGAAUGGCAUAUCCCAGUAACCAAACUGGAGCAGGAUUGGAGAGGAUCUAAUGAAACCACAGAGACAUUUCAGACGGUUGGGCUAUCACAGGAGGAAGAGGGAUCAACCAUUAUGAACAACUCAUUACAAUUGCAGAAGAAAAAUGAGCAGGUUAAAUACUCAGACUCUUACUUUUGUUUGAAAGAGGAGCAGGUUAAAUACUCAGACUCUUACUUUUGUUUGAGAGAGGAGCAGGUUAAAUACUCAGGCUCUAAAUUUUGUUUGAAAAAGGAGUAGGUUAACUCUGGUUACUCAGGCUCUCAGUUUUGUAUAUAUAUCUUUGUGAGGAUUUCUGAGCAGCAUUUAG